AUGAGACCCUCAAACCUGCCACGACCUCGUCCCCAGCCCAGCUCGGGCUACAAACGAGUCCAAUCAAAACAGACUCGCGAUGUUGCUUUCGGCCCUCACAAGGACCGCAUAGAAAAGUUGUAUAUCCAUGAGGAGCGGCCCCUGAAUUGGAUCAUGGACUAUAUGAGAAGGGAAUAUGGUAUCAAUCUUUCAGUCAAGCAAUACAAGAGUCAGUUGAAGACCUGGGGCCUCAGACACAAACUCACCAAGCGUGAUGCCGCCUUCAUCUUGAGAUUGCUGGACCAAGCCAGGAGUGAAGGCCGCGACGAGGUUGUCAUCUUCUCCGGGCACCCGAGGCGGCGAGAGGACAUCACCAAAUACAUCCAGAGAAAUGAAAAGCUGGUCGAUGAAGCCGACCUCCUGUCCUGCAUCACCCAGACCGACAAGAUACCCGAUUAUAUCUACCUGCAGACACUUCCGGUUGAGCCUCAGCAGCCACCGCCCUCCCACCUACCGCCAACGCCCCCAUCUGCCAGCUCAUUUGGCUCUCUGGAGUCUCACGCCUCCUUCAGGACUAUCUCCCCAAUGAAGGUCCCCAUCCCGUCACCAGAGUCCAGCCCUCGACAUUCGGGUGAAUUCGCCCAUGAGCUGAAUCGUGCCACGACUCUACCAGGUCCCGUAGACGCUGCCGAAAGAUUGCAUGUCGAUUGGAGCAUCAUCCAUGGUGAUAAUACUCCGGUUCAGCAGCAGGCACUCUUGUCCCGCAGUCAGCCAGCUAUCCCGAACAUCUUGGGCCCAUUCUGGCGUGCCCAGCGAGAGCCGAUCCCCUCUGGCUGGUGCCAGCUAUGGGACAACAAUGACCCGAGCGAGCAAUGGCCGUCUGACUUCACCCAUGCUGUGCUGUCAGCGACCCCCGCUGUCGUUGAAGAGAUUAGCGACCUGGACCUGGACAUCUACCGGUUCGGCAACAAUACCCGAAGCCGCCAGCUCAACGACAAGAGUCUGUCGGCCGAUUUUGUCAUGUACUGUCUGUACUGGUUGAUUUGCGCCGGCCAAAAUGAUGCCAGGAUCCAGUCGAGGGCCGAGUACUAUUUGACGAAUGCCCGGUUCAAUUUCUUGUGCAUGCUCACGAAUGAGAGCUUCCCUGCUGGAGAAUGCUUGGGCGCGCUGAGCAUUGUAUCGGUGCUGUUUGACUGUUACGGCCAGUGGGACAGGCUCUCGGAGCUGCUGACCAAAUGUGACGAGUUGACCAAGAAACACUGCGGACUCGACAACCCAUUGACCAUGACCAUCGAGUUCAAGAAGAACAUGCUCCAGCGUAGUGGUGCGGGUUGCCCGCCGCAUGAUAUUGCUCGCCUCUCGGACAUUGUGACUCAGAUGCAGAUUGCCUUCUCCGAAUCAUCCGCGCCCGCCCUGACUGCCAGGUAUAACUUGGCCUGGGCAAUGCUGGAGAAUGAGCUGAAAAGGGAAGUGAGGGCACCCGAGAACUUUGAACCUGCUCGAAGAGAGCUGCUUGACCUCACCCAUCAGUGGGAGCAGUUCGGAGACGACCGCAUUGAGACCAUCAUGGCCGCUGCCACCCUAGCCAGGGCCACCUUCUAUUGCGGAGAUGCAGAAGGGGCCGAAGCUAUCAUUGUCCAAUCUGUCUUGCCCCGAGUGCGGAAGAAUUUUCCCGAGCAGCAUGCGUAUAGUUGGGAGGCGAAGCACCGACACGCAUUCUUCCUCUUCCAGUUGGCCAAAAAGGAAACGGGCGCGCGGAGGCGCGACCAUCUGCAACUUGGCGAGCAGCUCCUGCGAGAAGUCGUGCGGAACAGACACCGCAUUCUAGGCGAGUCCAACCCAAAGUCGACUCACUCGUUCCAACUCCUCAGAGAUAUCCUCAAAGCACAAGGCAGGAUACUCGAGGCAGACACACUAUCCGACUGGUGUGAGCAACAACAGUCACCAUCAGGGGUGCAUUGA